AUGGAAGUAGAUCCCACCUGGAAUUCUGCAUUUAUAAAAGGAUGCAGCAAGUGCAGACUUCAUAGAGUUCAACACUUCAACUUCAAGGUUCAAACUUCACACUCACAGCGGCGAUUUCAUCUCUUCCGAGUUCCGGCGGCGAGUUCAUCUCCUAAUCCUCUCACUUCUGGUAAUAGAGGUAUUGAUAGAGUGAAGUGUAAGUAUUGUAAAAAAGAUCUUGCUGCUGCAACUGCAAAUGGGACAACGGGAUUGAGACAACAUUUAGGGAGGUGCAUUCCAUAUAAAACCCUUAUUAAACCUCCCACUCAGAAAAAGAUACAUUUUCCAUCUAAGGAUAAGCAUGAGCUAGAGGAGCAUUGGGAAUUUGAUCAACAAUUAAUUAGGAGGGCUUUAGUUGAGAUGAUAAUUGUUGAUGAACUACCAUUUAGCUUUGUAGAAAAGGAAGGCUUCAAGAAAGAUUGGAAGUUGCAUAAAAGAAUACUGAAUUUUUGCCCUGUCACUAGUCAUAAGGGUGAGCACAUGGCAGAGAGUAUUAGUAAUUGCUUGCUUCAUUGGAACUUGGACAAGGUAUUUACUAUUACUAUUGAUAAUGCUUCUUCAAAUGAUGUUACAGUUAGAGAAUUGUCUAAACAGUUAAAUAUGUGGAGAACUAAUAUAAUGGAUGGUAAGCAUCUUCACGUGAGGUGUAUGACUCACAUACUUAAUCUAAUUGUGCAAGAAGGUUUGAAGGAAAUUGAUGCUUCUGUCAAAUGUGUUAGGCAAAUGGUAAGGUAUGUUAGAGGAUCUUCGGCAAGAACAAGAAGCUUUAAGAAAUGUUGUGAAGUUCAAAAGGUGGGAUGUGCUAAAACAUUACUUCUAGAUGUGCCUACUAGAUGGAAUUCCACCUAUGCGAUGUUGAAUACGGCACAAAAUUUUGAGAAGGCCUUCAAUAGGUUUGAUUUUUUUGAUGAGAAUUUUAAAACUUAUCUUGCUACUCAUGUUUGUGAAGAUGGAAGUGUUGUAGGUACGCUUGAAUGUGAUGAUUGA